CCAACUUUUGACGGCCAUCGGCGCACGUGUUAAGUUGGGAGUUGGGAGUUGGGGUGGUGAGAGAAUUCCACAGAGCACUUUUAUCUGCAAAAAUCGCAAUGACGACUCUGUUUGUGUUUUCCCACUCUCCGCUGCGCUUGAUUUUCAAACCAAAGGUCUCAAUUCCGUCGCUGUUUCACACCAUCAGUCGCCCUCAUGGACGUCCAAUGUCUCGAAUUACUGGGAUAUGUUGGGAGCAUGUGGGCUUAUCAUCAACUAGGAAAUCACUUUCUGGAUUUAGAAUGCUUUGCACUGGCGAAGAUUUGACCACUAAAAAAUGUGUUCCUUGCAACUCAAAUGAUUUGCGACCAAUGACCGAGGAUGCGGCAAAACGUUUAAUUCGAGAGCUAUCUGAUUGGAACCUUGUAAAUGAAGAUGGUAAGCUAAAGUUGAACCGAUCGCUGAAGGUGAAGAGUUUUCUUAAAGGAAUGGAGUUGUUUAAACUUAUAGCUGAAGUUGCAGAGGCAGAGGGCCAUCACCCUGAUCUUCAUUUAGUUGGAUGGAACAAUGUAACAAUUGAAAUCUGGACACAUGCAGUAGGUGGACUGACUGAAAAUGACUUCAUUCUCGCUUCCAAGAUCAGCAAGCUUGAUGUUCAUGACCUACUAAGCCGGAAAGUUUCUAUUAGCAGUCAACAUGACUGUUGAACGGGAACCAUAACAUUCCAACAUUCGUCCAAUGUUCUUGUUCAUUUUCAUGCAUGUUGUCCUAAGUCGAGAUUCCCAGGUUGUCUCUUCAUACAUUACGAGUCGACUCAGUUCAGUUUUGCAGUUUGAAAGAUAGUUAUUAUCUUUGGGGUUUAUUGAAGAAUUGUGUUCUUUUUUCCUUUUCUUUUGUUAGUGUGGUACGGUGAGCUUUAAACCCUGUAGGUGAUUUGCUGUUUUGUAGUUAGUUAGAUGGAGAUGAUUCGUAUUUUCGUGGAUCCCUGAUUUUAUUUUUGUUUUGUGAUAAUCUCAACCGUUAAUAAUGAUAUUGGAUUUGUCCAUACCAUUCUAGGUUC